UGUUUAGGGGCCACCAAUGGUUACAGAGCUUGCAAUACCCAAGGCAUUUGAAAAACAGCUGAAGAUCUGUGGCUUUAAGCGGAAUAUCGAUGUCUUAGUAUUGUAUCUGGCUGGACAAGGACUAAGAAGCAUUCCAAGUCUAUCACGCUUUCACAGGUUGAGGUAUUUGUGGAUUAACAACAAUAAGAUUCAAGAUUUAACUUUCUUGAAGAAAAACUACUGCUUGACUGAACUAUAUCUCAAUGACAAUGAGAUCACAGAUAUAUCAGGUGCUCUGAAAGACUUGCGUGCGCUACAGAUUCUGUUGCUUCACAACAACCAGUUAAGACAACUUGGCAAAACAGUGAAGGAAUUAAAAGGAAUAAUAAGCUUGCAGACCCUAAACUUGUUCCAUAACCCUCUGGCACAUGAUCCAGACUACCGGCUUUACGUGAUACACUUCCUUCCUUCGCUACAGCUCCUUGACAGGAAAUUGGUUACACAAAGAGAAAGGGAGUCAGCAUUUCAUCUGUAUAGCCGUGAGAGGUCUUGUGUUAUGGAGUCAAUAGCUUUUGGAAAGAGAGUAAAUACACCGCUGGGGACUGCCAUGGCAUACAGCAGAGCUGCUCCACCAGCUAGAAGACUGGUGAUGGCCCCAGAUCGUGAAUUUGGAAAUCACACAAGUAAAGUUCCAUUUGAGAACCCUGAAGAUGCUGUUUUACUACGGGCAAUGACAAGAUCUGUAAUGGAAUUUUCCUCUCUUGACUGGAACAAAGUACCCACCUGUCGAGAACGACGUCUUGAAAACAAAGCAGAAGAUUCCCCUGAGAAGCUGACAAUCAAAUUUAGAUGACUGCUUUCUUCAGAAAAAAAAAUACUCCUCUGUCUACAACGGAUAUAAACUUCUUAUGUAAGUUAAUAUCUCUAUAACAGAAGUACACUAAACCCCACAUCCAAUUAAAUGAGCUUCCAGCAACAGAAAGUAUUAGUGUAACAUUCCUUUUAUCAUCAAAUAUAUUAUGUGGAAAAUCAAGAAAUUAAGAAAUCAAAUGAUAAAUAGUGGCAAUGUUACAAUAAAGGAUGUUUGAAAUGCAAUUCUUACCAUGCGUCUGUUAC